AGCGUGUGCAUAGCUCGAGCAUAUAUAUACAUUGUAUUAUAUUAUGUACAAUGGACCAACAAUACCCUCCGAAGACCCUGCGGUCAUCAUUUCGCCACCAUCGAAUGUGCAGUUUGGUCUUGUGCAGCAGAAACAUCGCACGCAUUUUGUACGUAUUGCUUUAGUUCCGCGAUUUUUCUGCAAAAUAACACUAUUAUCAUAUUAUAACAAUAUCAUUGUAAUAUUAAAAUAUUAUUGUAUGUACACGCGCUGCAUCAGUGAAUCGUCUUCGUCUCUCUUCGUAUAAUAUCAUAAUGUACAGUUGGUUCGAUGAACGGCUUAGUGCGCGUCACACAGCGUCCGUUCAUUGUUAUAAAUCAUAGGCAGUUAUAUUGUCGUCAAUUCGUUCGCGUCCACGCACAUUUUUCUGGAAUGAUGUCAUCCGCCUCAAUAAAAUCUUACAUUACGAUAUCUGAAACAAUGAUUACCAUACUACUGUUUUUGGCUAUACUACACACCGGAUUGGCGGCCAUCGCUGGAUACGAAGAAGUGGAAAACAAAUUCCUUACAAAAUUAGGUUUAAACCAAAGACCUGUGGUAGAGAAAAAUUUGAAGAUACCAUCUGCCACAAUGGAGCUGUAUAAUUCUAUGGCAAAUUCAAUGACAACACACUUUCCUCUUCCUGGUUUGCACACAACUUCCGCUAAUACUGCUAAGACAUAUUACAAUAAAGGAUCAGCUCCAUUAAAUGCUAAAUCUAAAAAAUAUAGGCUACAGUUCGAUAUAGAUUUUAUACCGGAAAAAGAACAGAUUAAAGCUGCUGAAGUUCGUUUUACUAUGAUAUACGAUAAAGUUCUACAAAAUGAAGAAUUUAUUCAUGUAAUUAUGCAUGAUAUAAUUCAACCUGGCACGAAGGGCUUUUCAAAACCUAUUCUCAGAAUUAUCGAUUCGAAAUCAAUUAGUAUGUCAAAUGUUUCAAAGUCAGAAAGUUUUGAUGUAACUCCUUUCGUAGAAAGACUGUCGAUGAAUAAGUUUAAAGAAAACCAUGGUUUGCUAGUACAAUGCGUCACGUCUGAUAGUCAGACACAUUUGCUCAACGUGUUUGAUUUUGUGUCACCUGAAAAGACUUUACUACUUGUCUACACCGACGACGGAACAAGCGAGAAGAGCACGCUGGAACGGAUGAUGCGACGCAGCAAACGGUCGGCCGUCCAACCGGGUGGGCCGCAUAAGAAGACGAAAAAGAAGAUCUGCCAGCGGUAUUCGAUGUACGUGGACUUCAAGGAGGUCGGGUUCAACGAUUGGAUUAGGGCGCCGCCCGGGUUCGAUGCUUUCUACUGCCACGGUAAGUGUGCGUUUCCGUUGGCCAGUCACAUUAACGCAUCCAAUCACGCGGUCAUGCAGACGCUGAUGAACUCCUACAACCCGACGCUGGUUCCGCUGUCGUGCUGCGUACCGACCAAGCAGAGUUCGCAAACGUUGCUCUACGUGGACUCCGAUGGAAAGUUGGUGGUGAAAAACUAUCCGGACAUGUCCGUGGACGAGUGCGGGUGUAGAUGAGGCCAUUGCAUACACAUUAUUACAUUAUGUCACGACUACACGCGUCCUACUCAAUGAUAUCGUUGACACUGUAUAUAUCAAUGUUCAUGUUUUUGUACAUUAUAUUUCCGGCUAUUUUUUUAAUUCAAACAUUAACGCACACCUAACCUUUACAGCAUUGUUUACCUUAUCGUCUUAGUCUGUAAUUAGGCGUGUUCGUUUCGAAAACCAUCAUAACAGCAUCUGUACGACCUAUCGCAUUUGUUUUAGAUAAUACUUUGUUGGUUUUUAUUUUUCAACGAUUAAUUAUUACAUGACACUUAUACAAUA